AUGGCAAUCAGUACCUCGGCUAGAAUCAUCCCUGGCUACCGCAUUGACAAUAUACCCAGGAAGAAGGUAGACUACGUGCUCACCCUCAAGCCACGAAACAAUCCAGUAGACAGCAUUCAGGCCGAAUCAACCUUGCUGGGGCUCAGGCGUACAUGGCACGACGCUGCGGCCAACCACACCGACUUUAUCCCAAUCGCCAGCCGCCCCGUUGCCGCUAGCAUCAAGACGAAACGUGAUGACGGCCACACGCAGAAGGCUGCACUACAAAUAGGCAUUUGGCAGACAGGACAGUGGAAGUUUCUUCUCAACAAGGCCAGACCAGAUGCUCUUAAGAAAUUGUCCUUUCUCCCAGGCAUAGUCGUCCAUGGUCAUAGGUGGUGUUUCGUGGCGACCACGUACACAAAUAGCAAGACAACCCUUUGGACCAAGACCAAGUUUAGGAAGAUAUCGACGCCAUUAGGCACCCUCCAGGCCAUCAAGGGUCUUCGCGAGAUCAACGCAUAG